AUGCAUGAUGAACCUUUUGGAAUUGACCUUGGGUUAUUGGGAUUAGACCCUGCACCACUCAGCCAAUUUGAUGGUACAAAAGAAAACAAGUGGGUGAAGCAGCUUGUGGGAAGUGUGGUUCUUUAUGCUCUAAUGAUUGGGAUCAUGGAUGAUGAGCAAAUUAAAUAUGUGAGUGGCAAAAGUAAGAUAAGGGAUGGACCCAGCAGCGUUCACUUACUCACAUUGGCUGCGGAGUGCAGGGAGAGGAAGGAGGCAGUAGAAGGCAGCAAUAUACAGUAUAGUCGGGGACUGCAAAGCAAAGCAACAUCUGAUGGACGUUUUGAUUCUCGCGGGCUUCUUCACCCUCGCAACCCCGAAGUGGAGGCUUUGAUGAACAUAAAAGCAGCUCUAAAUGACCCACACGGCGUGUUGAAUAACUGGGAUGAAUACUCCGUCGACGCUUGCAGUUGGGCCAUGAUCACUUGCUCUUCGGAUUACCUUGUCAUAGGCCUAGGAGCGCCUAGCCAAUCUCUCUCUGGAACUUUGUCUCCAGCAAUCGGAAAUCUAACAAAUCUUCGUCAAGUAUUACUGCAGAACAACAAUAUCUCAGACAAUAUACCACCGGAACUUGGAGCCCUUUCCAAGCUUCAGACAUUAGACCUUUCCAAUAACCGAUUCUCGGGGGCGAUUCCUGCAUCUCUUAGUCAAUUGAAUAGUCUCCAGUACUUGAGGCUCAACAACAAUAAUUUGUCCGGAUCCUUUCCCGAGUCACUGGCAAAAACCCCACAGCUUGCUUUCUUGGACUUGUCUUAUAACAAUCUCAGUGGACCAUUGCCCAAGUUCCCAGCCAGGUCAUUCAAUAUUGUGGGGAACCCAUUAGUUUGUGGGAGCAGCACUACUGAAGGUUGCUCUGGGUCAACAACGCUCAUACCAAUUUCCUUCUCACAAGUGUCAUACGAAGGAAAACACAAGUCCAAAAAACUAGCAAUAGCACUUGGGAUCAGUCUUAGUUGUGCUUCUCUCAUCCUCUUGCUUUUUGGACUAUUUUGGUAUAGAAAGAAACGACAGCAUGGAACCAUCCUGUAUAUCAGUGAUGGCAAGGAAGAGGGAGUUCUUAGCUUGGGGAAUCUAAAGAGUUUCACUUUCAGAGAGCUUCAACAUGCAACGGAUAAUUUCAGCUCCAAGAAUAUACUUGGUGCUGGAGGCUUUGGCAAUGUUUAUAGGGGGAAGCUUGGAGAUGGCACAAUGGUGGCCGUGAAAAGGCUGAAAGAUGUAAAUGGCAGUGCCGGCGAAUCACAGUUCCAAACAGAGUUGGAGAUGAUCAGCUUGGCAGUUCAUCGCAAUUUACUUCGCUUAAUUGGAUAUUGUGCUUCUCCAAGUGAGAAACUAUUGGUUUAUCCUUAUAUGUCUAAUGGCAGUGUGGCCUCCAGGCUUAGAGGCAAACCAGCUUUAGAUUGGAACUCUAGAAAGAGGAUAGCAAUUGGAGCUGCCAGAGGCCUUCUGUAUUUGCACGAGCAAUGUGAUCCAAAGAUAAUACACAGAGAUGUCAAGGCCGCCAAUGUGCUUCUGGAUGACUAUUGUGAGGCUGUUGUUGGAGAUUUUGGCCUUGCAAAGCUCCUUGACCAUGCUGAUUCCCAUGUCACCACGGCUGUCCGUGGCACUGUUGGACACAUUGCACCAGAGUACCUCUCCACCGGCCAAUCAUCUGAGAAAACAGAUGUAUUUGGAUUUGGCAUUCUCUUGUUAGAGCUCAUAACAGGAAUGACUGCACUCGAGUUUGGGAAAACGGUGAAUCAAAAAGGUGCUAUGCUAGAGUGGGUUAGGAAAAUACUACAUGAAAAGAAGGUUGCGGUGUUGGUGGACAAAGAGCUAGGAAACAAUUAUGAUAGAAUAGAGGUGGGGGAGAUGCUGCAAGUUGCUUUACUGUGUACUCAAUAUUUGACAUCCCACCGCCCUAAAAUGUCUGAAGUGGUUCGAAUGCUUGAAGGUGACGGGCUUGCUGAGAAGUGGGCGUCAUCACAUAAUUACGGUAAUCACGACAUGAACCCCAGCCAUAGCAACAAUAGUAGCAAUAGUUCAUCCCGCCCUACCUCUGCUUCAAAACAUGAUGAUGAUGUUCAUGACCGUUCCAGCAUGUUUGGCAUGACAAUGGAUGAUGAUGAUGAACAGUCUUUGGAAUCCUAUGCCAUGGAACUCUCUGGUCCUAGAUAA